UUACGUUUUCCAUAAUUAUUAAAUUGCAUAUCGACACUUUUUAAAGUUCAAACAAUAAUAAUUAUAGUAUUUAAAGUAUAAAAUGGAUAUUGUUCAACACGAAUUCGAAGAAACUUUGAAACGCAUCCAAUCUCAAAAAGAUGUUUUCGGUGUUAUUGUGGUAAAGAAUAAUGGUGAUAUCAUAACAUCAACAUUAGACAAUAGAUCAUCUGUUAGCCACGCUGAAAGGAUAAUGAAGUUGGCUGACAACGCGAAGAGUUGUGUUAGAAAUUUGGAUCCGUCAAACGAGCUAAUUGUUUUACGAAUGGGUACUAAAAAACGAGAGGUACUGGUGAAACCUGGUAAAGAUUUCAUAAUGAUCGUUCUUCGGAAACAAAAUUUUAAAUCUCUUAUGCGAAGUAUAAUAGCAAACUCUUAAUAAUGCAUUUUUAAAUUGAUUGUAAUAAAACAAAAACGUUAUUAUGUAAUUAUAAA